GAAUUUUCCACUUUUCAAAAAAAGAUAGUGUUUUUAUAACUUGAUAAUGGAUAUUAUGGUUGACGUUUUGUUGAUCAGUGCAAUCUUCAAGUUAGUUUAAUGAGAAUUAACAUACAUUAUUGUUUGGUGAUUUCCAUUCCAGCACAAAAUGUCGGAUCAGCUGAAUCAGAAACGUUCGUUAAACACGGCAAUUUCCAAUUCGAAUCAAGGAAGCAGUGAAGUGCGCAUUCCUGUCACAAAAUCGUUGAUUCCCGGUCUCAUCUCAUACUUCGAAGAGUAUGGCGAAAUUGAGAACGUAACCGUGUUGGUUCGCUUCAAAGACGAAAAAGUUGCUGAAUCUGUGCUGCAAAAGCGUUUCCACAAAAUCGAAAAUCGAAUUUGGACAACUGAAUCACCGAAAGAAUCACCGGAGCAACCAUAUACUAAAAAAAUGAAGCUCGUGCAAUCAGCCCAUAUUCUGGAUCUGAGCGAUGGAAUUUUGUUGAACAUUUUCAAACGAUUGGAUCUUGUUGACUUGGCACAUGCAGCAGAGACGUGUGUACGUAUGGAUAAUAUAGCCAAAAGUGUAUUUGCGCUGAAACACAUCAAAUACGAAUGUCAUCUGAACGACGAGACUAUCGCUGUUUUGCCGCGUUUUGGUGAUUUGGUAAAAGAACUCGAAUUUUUUGGAGAUGAAGAUGAACAACAUUUUGACGCAGUGCUAAAAUAUUGCAAAAAUAUGGAAACGCUUCGAAUGGAAAACAUGUAUUUGAAUACAAAUAAAUGGCAUACAAUGAUCGUGGGUUUGUCCAAACUGAAAAACGUUCACCUGGAGGAUGUGGGAGGUUUCGAGUUCGAUGACGAAGCAAACGGUUUGUCGAUGGCAACAAAUCAGAGUGUGGAAGAAUUGAGCUUGAUUCAUUGCGGAUUCUCAUCGGAGGUUUUUGCCUUGUUCGUGAAAAUGAUGCCGAAUCUGCAGGAGCUCUGCAUUUAUGAAGAAAAGAAGCUCACAGAGCGAUACAUGAAGCAAUUGGGUCAAUUGAAGGCUCUGAAACGUUUGGAAAUUGAGUGUCAAGACAUUGCAGUACAGGCUUUGUUGGAUGGCUUGUGGUUGAAUAGCGUUAUGCUAGAAGAAAUCGCCAUAAGCCCGUGCAGUUUUGAUCCAGAAACGAUUGAUGACAUCAUUUCCACCAUCACAAAGUUGAAAACCAUAAAAGUUCUUGAAUUGUCAUGUAAAUUUGAGAGCGUUUUGGAAGACAAACAUUUGGUGCGAUUAGCAAAAGGGUUGCCAUUACUAAGCAAACUCAAAAUACGAUCGACUGGCAUGACAAUUGGAGGACUCAAAGAUGUUCUACGCUUCGCAAAACGCUUGACACAAAUGACAUUGCAUACACCUUACCCAUACCCUGAUUUGGCUUUGGUUGCGAUUGGUGCGGCUGACUAUCAGGCCAUUCUGGAAACGGUUAAACGACGAUCCAACAAAUUGAAUCUCUUACUUUGUUUGCCUCGAAAAGUCGAUAUUGAUCAAAUUGGUGCAGACGUACGUCAACGUAAUAGCGAAUGGCUCGAAAUACGUAGAAGUUUCUGAGAAUUUUGUUUUUUUUUCUUCAAAUUUAUUUUAUGAUUGUUCCAUGGUUUCGAAUAAGUUUUUGCAAUAACACUUUCUGUUGACUGAAGAAUUCAAAAGUCGAACAUGCAAUUUCUCUGAAAAUAACCAUUUGCUCUAUCAUCGAAUUUUCGUCAUUAAUUCAUAAUGGAAUAAAACUUUGAACAAUAAAUCAUAAACCAUAUUUUGUAGCAAAAA